AUGGUCUGCUCCUCAAAGCAGAGGCCGCCUUUUAUCAGGGUGAAAGCAAAGAAAGGGGUGAACCUCCUUAGCACUAAGUCGAGGAGUAACCAGUGGAAGGUUGAAUGGGAUGUGCAGUCCGGAGCCAAACACUCCAUUGCAACCGUGGAAGCCAGCAAGAUCAAAGGAGUCCCUGGGGACAUGGCUGCCAGCAUCGAAAUUAUGCAGCUAGACUUUGAGAUGGAGAACUUCACCAGUCAAUCAGUCACCAGAAGAAUCAACUGGAAUAUUGAUUACAGGGGCCAGAAUCCAGCCUCGGAUGCAGAGAAGGUGGUCACAGAGCUGACGGUUGUGCAGAAGGACAUUCAAGCCAUCAUUCCACUUUCAAUGGACACUGAGAUUAUCAACACGGCAGUUCUUACUGGCCGAACUGUGGCCAUCCCUGUCAAGGUGGUUUCCAUAGAGCUGAACGGAGCAGUCACUGAUGUGUCAUCCUUUGUGCAGUGCAAGUCAUUCAAUGAGGACAUUGUCAAGGUGUCCAUGAACUGUGACUAUGUGUUUGUGAAUGGAAAAGAGAUGCGUGGCUCCAUGAACGCUCGGGUGAUUUUCAGCUAUGAGCACCUGAGUGCUCCUCUUGAGCUCACAGUCUGGGUGCCCAAACUGCCCCUUAAAGUGGAGCUAUCAGACAACAGACUGAGCUUCAUCAAGGGCUGGAGGGUGCCCAUAUUACCCGACCGCAGAAUGGCCAGAGACAGCGAUGAUGAUGAUGAAGAUGACCGUAAAGUGAGCAGAGGAUGUACACUGCAGUACCAGAGAGCCCAGGUUAAGGUUCUAACACAGUUCCACACAACCUCUAGUGAAGGCACAAACCAGAUGAUCACUAUGCUGGGUCCUGACUGGCAAGUGGAUGUGACAGAACUGGUGCAAGACUCUCUGAAGGUGGUGGAUGCCAGGGUGGCUGAGCUGGUGGACAGGACGGUACUCAUGGCCAACGAGCUUGGAUCAUCCACUCUGAAGGAGGCCAGUCUGUCCAUCUGGGUUUACUACAGCGACAAUACCGCCGCCCCCCUGAGUAUGUAUGACCCAAAAGACUACAACCUCAAUGCCACCACAGCAGACGAUAAGGUGGUUACAGUGGCUCAACAACCUCAACAGCGGUGGCCAGUCAUCGUGGCCGAAGGCGAGGGCACAGGAGAGGUAGUGCACGUGGAGAUGACCAUCAGCGAAACCUGCCAGAAGACUAAACGCAAGAGUGUCAUUGCUUCUUCUCCUGUGUUCGUCAAAGUCCGCUUUGGACCGGAUGAAGACUCUGAGGAGGAAGUGGAUACAGAGACUGAAAUAGACACUAGAAUGCCUGCCAACACGAGAAGGCCCGUUAUCGAUUCCAACGCAGGUGGUGGAGGGUAUGAAGCAUCUAAUGAGCAGCCCGCAAGUGUGCCCAUCGAUUACACCAACUUUCCUACAGUAAGCAAUCCAGAGGAACCAACCGAAGAAGACGAGGAGGAUGACGAAUUUGUGCACAGUCCCCGUAGCAUGACCGACCUGGAGAUAGGCAUGUAUGCUCUCCUUGGGGUGUUUUGUCUCGCCAUACUGGUCUUUCUGAUAAACUGUAUUGUGUUUGUGUUGAAGUAUCGCCAUAAGCGCAUCCCUCCUGAAGGCCAAGCCAACAUGGACCAUUCCCACCACUGGGUGUUCUUGGGUAACGGAGAGCCCCUGCGCACCCAGAGCGAUCUCUCGCCUCAGACGGUGGAGAGCCCCAGCAACACCUUGGAGGGGGUACAGUCUUGUUGUCAUGGGGACCACCACAGCAGCGGCAGCUCCCAGACUAGUGUACAAAGCCAAGUCCAUGGCCGAGGAGAUGGCAGCUCCGGAGGUUCCACCAAAGACCACGGAGAGGAAGCCAGCUCACCGACCUCCAAACGCAAGCGUGUCAAGUUUACCACCUUCACUCUUCCCACGGAGGAUUUACCCUACAACUCCAUCCCCAUUGCCAACGAAGAGGACAUUCAGUGGGUAUGCCAAGACAUGGGCUUUCAGGACCCAGAGGAACUGCACGACUACAUGCGCAGGAUAAAGGAAAUAGCCUGACCGGGCUAUGUGCUUUCUAAAGACGUUCCUUUCUAUUUUUCUCUCUUAAUUUUCACUCUAGAGGAGGUAUCUUUCACAAGAAAAACAAGCAAGGCCCAAUGUCCAGUUUUGUUGGGGUUUUCUGCACAGUGCUGUUUCCCUUACACAUUGACACUUGUACGAACUAAAAAAUAUUCAUGACGCUGCCAGGGAAGCCAAAGACGAGUCUAAGGGAUUCUAGCAAAAAUGGCUUUAGCGGUGUGUAUGAUUGCUGCUCAGUAGAAGGGUGAGUGUACAAUCUUUAAGGGAAACAUAGAAUUUCUGUUGUGAACACUGAUAUCAAAAUGGAUUCCUGAAGUACUCAAUCAUGUGUGGUCACCCUACUGUGGAUAGGAUCUUUCUCAGAGGAAUGCCUGGAGUCUUGGCACUGUGUCCAUUCUUCUUUUUCUUCUUCUUCUCUUUUUUUAAUUCAACAGAUCCUUCUCCAACAAAGAGGCCUUUGAAGUGCAGAUUCUACUUUUGUCCCAGAUUUGUGUUUAAGAUGGAUCAUUUUCAUGCCAUUGUUGAUAAACCUGACACAGACACUGUCAGGGACGUUCGUUAGAACGUGCCAUGGAUUCUUUCUGUCAGUGUUGGAAAUGUUGAAUGGUUUUAUCCCCCUGCCCCUCUUUUCAGUGUUAUCUUGGUUCAACACAUGCCUUGGUUGCUGAAUUAGUUCUUCUUCUGUCUUUGGUAUUUCAUACUCAUUCUCAAUCUGGAUGUCACCUCUGCUUCUCUCACUGUCUUGGUUAAGUGUAAUGCCUUAUUAAAAGGAUCUCAAUCGUCACAACCUCGCUCUGUGCUGACACCACAUUUGUCCACAUUGGUAAGGGCCAAAGCAGGGGCAACUCUACAGAAGUCUGUAUCUCAAUUAAACACGUGUCAGCAUGGGAAAGGCAGGAGCUUGUACAUUGUGGAGUUAGAUAUCUUCUCCAACAUUCCUCUGCAUGAAUGGAGAUUUGGAGGCACAAUUAGCACUCUUUUGUUUCUUUUUUACUUUGUAUAUGUUUGUAUUGUGAGAAUUAUCUAAUCAUACAUAAAUGAUAAUAGAGGACAUAUCAUGUUACCAUGCAUUACAUGCAUGUGCCAGACCCUCCCUCCUAUGUACAUACCAUGCUCAGUACAUAACGACUGCUGAAGCUUAACUCUUGAUUACUCAGUUAGCCUGAGGAAUAGGGGAGGCAGAUGCCAUAUAGGGACUCGGCAGCCAGAUACUUGAAUUUCAGUGAGGCUCUCUUUUCUCUUUCUCUUUCUCUCUCUUUACUGAUCUCACCAUGAAUUCCCAUGCAGGUGGUAAUAGAGUUAAGAUCUCUGGUAAGGAUAAAAUGCUAUGCAAAUUGAUUAUUGUGUUGAAGUAGAUCCGCCCCAGAUAUCGAUAUAGCCACCACGGUUACUUUCGUUAAUAUACCAAGAAAUAUCUCAAAACUAGAUGUAACAUCUGCCACAAUGUAAAUUGCAGGUUUUGGGGUUUGUUUAUUUCUUUUUAACUUUGAAGCUCGCUAGAGCUUUGUUAAAGAAAAUGCGGUAGCACAGUAGAUCAAGCCCGAAAUGUUAAACAUUUACUAGUUUAGAAAGGGGUAAGCUGGUAACGGGUCUGGAAGCUUUUUUUGUGGUGAGGCACGAAAAAAAAAAAUCUGUUUUGCUGCUGACCUAUCACAAGUUAGUUUCAGGGUUACAGUCCGCCCCCCUCAGUUUCUUCAGGACGUCUAAAUUCAUGCACUGUAUUAAAUGUUUAUUUUUCCACUGUGCUGUAUUUGAAACAUGCAGGAUUUACCCAUGAGUUUGUUUUAAUAGUCUUAUUAAUCAUUUUCCUGUAACCAGGAAGGAACACCUAUAUUUUGUUUCUUUGUUUUAUAGAUUUUAUUAUAACAUUUUUUAAACUCACCCCUAGUUUAAUCAGGGGUCCUUUGCACUCCAGAUAAAAGUCACAGAAAACGUAUUACUGACACCUCUCCACCUUUGUCCUCUGAUUUGUAACCCCCUUCACCCUUUUCUCAAAGGAUUCUGAUGAGUAAACCCUCAGUCAUGACGUGUGAUGAAAUGAUGUAACAUGUCGAGGUAUUAGGUUUUGAUAGACAGUUGGAGUGUUGGUCAGUGGUUUAGUUUGACCCACACUUGACCUUUAUGGAGGCUCAGAACUGAAUGUAAACUUUUCAACUGUACGAUCAAAAUAAACAUAAUUUCCACUGUAUUAUUAAAGUCUUCUGAUGGGGUACGUAAGACUCGAUAUCACUACUAGCAAGUCUCUGGUAGCAGCUCAUACACUUUUCUGUUUCCUAAAAUUAUUUUCCUAAGUGUAACAUCACUAUCAGGACAUUUUUGGUUUCAUAUUGUUUUCUACUUUAAACUGAUGUAUGUAUGUAAAUGAAACAGCAGUUGCGAUAUCUGCGCUUUAAUUUUUUCUCAAGAGGAGCUGCUACUAGGCCUUUGCCUUGACCACAUGCUGUGUUGUGGUGUAGAUUUGAGCUGUACUCUCUGACCUGCUGAAGCACGGUACUGUCAGCCUUGUGCUGCCACACCCUUAAUGUACAGAGCACUGUUACAACAUCCUGUAUCCUCCCUAGAAAACAACUGUUGUAUUUCCCUCCUUAUAUGUAAGUACUAAAGAAAAUACAAUGCA